AUAAAAAUAAAUAACAUAAACUAAUGGUAGAUAUUUUAAUCUAACCGUGGUUGAGUCAACGCCUUUAACCAUGGUUAAAUUUUCAGUUUAUAUGGGAAGCCCCGCUUCCGAGUUCUUAGUGAUCAUGACAGUGCUGUUUGAGCGAAGUUGAACAAAGAGAAGGAAAAAAAAAUAAUCAAAAUUAUAAAAAAAAAAGAAGGUCAAAAAAAGGGGGAAAAAAGAACACGAUGAUGAUGACCGGAGAUCAUCCUCGGUCAAAUCCGACCGUCAAAAUCCCUAGCUGGGACUACGGAGAGGAACCGACGGCGCACAUUCAAUCCCCAAUCUCCGGAGCCCUAAGCAGCCAAUACGACGCGGCGCUGGCGGCGCUGCAGCGCUACCUCCCGGGGAACCGCGACGACGACGGCGUGCCGGGGUUCGACGACUCCGGCGACGCCUUCUCCUGCGACGACUUCCGCAUGUUCGAGUUCAAGGUGCGGCGCUGCGCGAUCGCGCGGUCGCACGACUGGACGGACUGCCCCUUCGCGCACCCGGGGGAGAAGGCGCGGCGGCGCGACCCGCGCCGCCACCACUACUCCGGCGGUGCCUGCCCCGACUUCCGCCGCGCGGGGGACUGCGCGCGCGGCGACGCCUGCGAGUACGCGCACGGCGUCUUCGAGUCGUGGCUGCACCCGGCGCGCUACCGCACGCAGCCGUGCAAGGACGGCACCGGAUGCCGCCGCCGCGUCUGCUUCUUCGCGCACACGCCGGAGCAGCUCAGGGUCCUCCCGCCGCUCACCACCAGCCCCGACGCGUCGCCGAUCGGCGUCUCGCCGAGGUCGGCGGCGAUGUACUCGCCGCCGCCGUCUUCUCCUACAGCCGGAUCACCGCCGAUUUCGCCGUCGAUGAGUCUCAGCUCCGUCACCGAGUCAAUGCGGUGUUUGCAGCUGAGUAAGAUGAAAAUGGGGAUGAAAUUGAGCAUGAGCCCGCCCUCGUGGGGAAUCGGGCUCGGGCUCGGGCCAGGGUCGGGCUCCCCGCGGAGCCCUAGGCCCGGGUUCAUGAGCCUUCCCACCACUCCGAUUCAGUCCCAAACUCGGUCCGGACUCAGCGCGUUCGACGCAUGGGGCGGCGGCGGGUGCGAGGAGGAGCCGGUGAUGGAGCGGGUCGAGUCUGGGCGGCAGCUGCGCGAGAGAAUCUACGCGAAGCUCGUGCGGGAGAACUCGCUCGACCGCGGCCGGGCGAACUCAGCGAGUUCCGAUUACGGGUGAACUCGGUGAAAACGGGCCGGACCGGGCAUGGGCGGCCCGGUUUUUGUUUUUGGGGAAGUGUGAAUAUUGUGUUUCUGACUGACUGAAAGGAAUGAAGUAACGUUGCUUUUGUGGAUUCGGGCCGGGUUAACGGGUCGGGCGAGGAAGGUAAAUUGCUGAUUAAUUUUAAUUAUCUAUUUUGUGGUUAUUUUGAUGUUUUUAGGGGACAAGGAAAAUUCGAGGACCUUGUAAUUUUUGUACAAAUUAAAAAUGUUAAUGUAUUAGAGUUUCUAAUUAAUUCUGAUUGUUAGAAGUUAUAAUAUGUCCAAGUUUGUAUUAUUGAGUUCGAUAAAUAAAAACUUUGAAAUGAGUUGAUUAA